AUGGGAUUCUCAAACUCUAUCUCUGACUUGCACACCAAGCUACAACCACAACAUACACAGCUCGACCACCACCUUCUAAAGCAAGUCUACACCCUAUGCAAUCCCGCAUUCACAGAAGCCUCCUAUGUUUCCUGCCACGUCGACGCUUUCCAGACGACGGUGAGGAGGUUGUCGCUCGACUGUUGCAAUCCGCCGGAGGAGGCAUAUGUUAAUUGCGACGAAGGGUGGCUUGUCAAGACCAUGGAUCUAGAUGCUGUCCCCAACUCGAUGGAAAGAUCGGCUUCUCAACACUCGACCACAUCUAGGGCGAGCUCCCGAUCGCACACUGUCCGGGCCAAGCCUCGCAAAUAUACCUCCUACAUGUCCAGCAGUGCAUCCUCGAUAUCCGACAAGUCCUUGACGUCGUUCCCCUCCUUUUCCCCAGAGUUACCCCAGGACUCGCGACCUCCGACCCUCCGGACGGUGGAUGGCGCUGCGAGUGCCUCGCGCAAGAGCUCUGAUCCUCUCUCGAUAGUUGAGAGCUUGACUACCUCGUUGUCGACUGAGCACAAUCGCUCUGCGCUAUUCGACGAUGCGCCGCUGGCCAGCAGUUCCAUUCCUGGAUCUAUACACCUUGCAAACGACGACCACAUCGAGAGGCUGAUGGCGCGGAACGGGGCAGUCUCGUUGGUCAGGCAGAUCGCAGGAGACUUGGCUCAACGAGAUGUGCAGAUAGCUUCGCUGAGGCGGAAGGCCGAGAACAGGGAACGGGCUCUAAGGAAGAUCAUACUCGAGUGCGGCUUGUCGAACCUAGACUUGGAGACCCGGCUGCGUGCUAUCGAAAAUGAACGAAGGUCGCCGGCCGACUCGACCAAUGGGGAUCUUGUUACAGAGGACAAUGGUCUUGAGGAUCUGAUGAGUGAUGCUUUGGGCGGGUCUAUGGCACAGGAGGGGAAUGGAACGACAGAUCGCGAUGCUACAAUACGAGCGGCAGCAAAACUGAAAGCACUGGAGGACAAGUCUGCUCCUGCCCAGAAGGGAUGGAAAGAUUACAUCUGGGGUGGUGUAAGUAGGAAGACAAGCCGAGCAAGCAGUGUCAGUGGUGAUGUUGUCGCUGCGAGUGGGUCAAUAGGGACGGAAAGGGGAGCAAGUACAGCAACCGGUCGGAAGUCAGUCCUACAAAAUGGUCUCUUCCAGCCGCCUAAUACCAUGAGAAGUCCAAGUCGGGCUUCCAGCCAACUUUCGAGCGCUCUUGCCGCAUCAAACGGUGAGCGGAAGCCAUCUUCUGGAUUUGCAGCGUUGGCCUUGAAACUCGUUGCGGGCACCACCAUGACUGGCCGAGAUGACAACGGACGAGGGCGGGCAAGUAGUACGGGAACGACACCGCCUGGGAGGGCACAAUCAACAGCCAGUGCGAAAACUACCGCGUCUGCUAGGACUGCUCCAGUCAAACCGGCUCCGAAGACGAUACCUAGCAAUCGUCGACCGACUGGUGCGAAUGCCAACACUGUUAGAGGGCCCCCAGACAGGUGGGAUACUAUGGGCGCUAGCCCACAGAACAUCAAUCCUAGCAGUGGUGCUGAUAACUAUGGCCCCGUAGAGAUGGACACGAUCCUGGAUCCGGAGGAUCAGCCGCCUACCAUCACCCAAAUCUACAACAACCCAUACAACCCCGAAUUCCUUACGGACCGAUUUGGAUUCAUCUAUGACCAGCGUCGAAAGAAGAGACAGCGCGAAGCAGCUGAGAAGAUGCAGAAAACGAAACGAGGUAGCCGCGUCGAAAUGUUGAGCAGUGCUAGAAGUGGGAUUUCUGCUGGCAUUGCAGACGCAGAUACGAAUGCUGAAGAGGACAGACCCGAUACCCCGACAUCCACCGAAGAAAGGCUCGAUGAUGGCCAACCUGCCAAAAGAUGGCAAGACUAUCUAAAAGUCGCAACGUUUCCUACAGAGUUGCUAUCGCACACUCCUUCCAGUGGUGUACCUGCAUUCGAAGUGAUGGAGGGUAGCGAGAUGCCACGAUCUCCAGGAAUCGUGACUGAAGAGCGAGGCUUCGUACCAUCUGCUACCACCGUAGCGCCCCAGUCCUCCGUAGCAGUAGUUUCUGAGCUUGCCACAAUCUCCAAGCCUGCUGCAUCUGAACUAGUCCCCUCGGAAUCCACAGAUCCCCAUCAAGAAGAUGCCGAGCCUGUCAAAUUAUUGUUGAAGCAACUGGGAGAAGUUCAUGACUCACUUCAGCAAGCUAAGACACCUCGAUGGAACGACUUUCUGAGGAAGGUCAGAGCUGAACGGAAGCGUGACGGUGAAGCCGCAGCUGCAGCACUGGCCAGUACAGUAAAUAAGGGUUCUCAUCGACCGAUAGCGGUUAUGCCGGAAGCUACUCUGACCGAUGGAGAAAUCAUUGGUGUGGCGGGCUUGGGUAACAAAGGCAAAGUUGGACGUGCGAAAUGGAAUGAGUUCAAAGCUCUGGUCCUGGGAGGCAUCCCGGUAGCAUACCGAGCCAAAAUAUGGGCUGAAUGUUCCGGAGCCGCAGCUCUACGGAUCCCAGGGUACUACGAAGACCUCGUUGCGCAAAGAGAUGGAGACGACGAUCCGGCGAUUGUGGCGCAGAUCCGAAUGGAUAUUCACCGUACUUUGACAGACAACAUUUUUUUCCGAAAAGGGCCUGGAGUUGUCAAGUUGAGCGAAGUUUUGUUGGCGUACUCACGAAGGAAUAAGGAGGUUGGAUAUUGUCAGGGUAUGAAUUUAAUCACGGCAUGCUUGCUCCUUAUAAUGCCGACAGCGGAAGACGCUUUCUGGGUACUGACCAGCAUCAUCGAGAACAUCCUGCCGCAAGGAUAUUACGACCAUAGUCUCCUUGCCUCUCGAGCUGAUCAACAAGUCCUCCGGCAGUACGUGACCGAGAUUUUGCCCAAGCUCUCUUCUCAUUUGGACGAUCUAAGCAUAGAGCUCGAAGCUCUGACAUUCCAGUGGUUCCUGUCGGUGUUCACCGAUUGUCUCUCGGCUGAAGCUCUUUUCCGCGUCUGGGAUGUCGUCUUUUGCACGAACGAUGGCAGCACCUUCCUUUUUCAAGUCGCGCUCGCCCUAUUGAAGCUCAACGAAACUCAACUCUUGCAAUGCUCGACUCCAGCCUCGAUCUACACCUACAUCAACCACCAGAUGACAAAUCACGCCAUCAGCAUUGAUGGUUUGAUACAUGCGUCCGAGGGCUUGAGGAAGGUCGUCAAAAGAGAGGAAGUUGAGACUAGAAGAGUAAAGGCCAUCGAAGCCGAAAAAGAUCUCAUCAAGCAGCGCGAAGAGCGCAAUGCUCUCCGAAAAUUGCAGAGAGCUGCCGCCGCUGAAGCAGCAACCCAACCUCCUGAUGAGGUUGCGGAAGUGCCUCCACCGUCGAGUCCAGCGCCAACAACGCAAUUGGUAGUAGAUUCUGAUGGACUGGAGGGAACGAUGGUGAUAACGCCGAUGCCGGUUGAUGAGGAAAGGGAUUUGGGGCUGGGGUUGGGGCUGGAAUGA